GCUCCGCGCCCGGCGGCGGCGGCGGCGGCUCCGGCUGCGGCUCCGCGGCGGCACCGGGACCCCCGGACCGGGACGCCCCCGACAGGGACCCCCCCGACAGGGACACCACCCCCCGGGACCCGCACUGUCCCGGCAGCUGGGACACCCCCGCCACCCCGGUAACCGGGACCCCCGGUACCUGAGGCCCCCCUGCAGUGUCCGCCCCCCGGACCCGCCCCCCCCCCCCCCCCCCGGUAGCCCCCGUUAACCCCUUCCCUCCCAGUAGCGCCCCCCGUCCCCGUCUGUCGCCCCCGGUUCUGCCCCGCCGGGGCCCGACUGGCAGCUGCCCACGGCCGGGAUGAGCCGCCGCGAUGGAUGAGUUCCACCCCUUCAUCGAGGCGCUGCUGCCCCACGUCCGGGCCUUCUCCUACACCUGGUUCAACCUGCAGGCCCGCAAGCGCAAGUACUUCAAGAAGCACGAGAAGCGGAUGUCGAAGGAGGAGGAGCGUGCCGUCAAGGACGAGCUGCUGGGCGAGAAGCCUGAGGUCAAGCAGAAGUGGGCCUCGCGCCUCCUGGCCAAGCUGCGCAAGGACAUCCGGCCCGAGUGCCGCGAGGACUUCGUGCUCUCCGUCACCGGCAAGAAGGCGCCCUGCUGCGUCCUCUCCAACCCCGACCAGAAGGGCAAGAUCCGCCGCAUCGACUGCCUGCGCCAGGCUGACAAGGUCUGGCGCCUGGACCUGGUGAUGGUCAUCCUCUUCAAGGGAGUCCCGCUGGAGAGCACUGACGGCGAGCGCCUGGCCAAGGCGCCCCAGUGCGCCAGCCCCGGCCUCUGCGUCCAGCCCCACCACAUCGGCGUCACCAUCAAGGAGCUCGACCUCUACCUGGCCUACUUCGUCCACGCGCCUGACUCUGGACAAUCUGACAGUUCAAAUCCCCAGGGAGACGCGGACAUCAAACCACUGCCCAACGGGCACCUGACCUUCCAGGACUGCUUUGUGACGUCGGGUGUCUGGAACGUGACGGAGCUGGUGAGGGUGUCCCAGACCCCUGUGGCGACAGCGUCGGGCCCCAACUUCUCGCUGGCCGACCUGGAGAGCCCAGGGGGCUACUACAACAUCAGCCCUGUCGCGCUUGGCCGCCGGCCCCUGGGACCCCCUGCCGCCAGCGGCCCGAAGCGCCCCAAGGCGCUGGAUGAGGGGGACCUGGAGGGUCCUGGGGAUGACGUCUUCUACCCUGGGCCGGGGCGGUCCCCAGCCCCUGGCAGCAGCCAGGGGCCCUGGGGGGGGGACGUUGACACCGGCCCAGCGGCGCUGAAGAAGUCGGGGAAGUUGGAUUUCUGCAGCGCCCUGUCGGGGCAUGGGGCCGCCCCCCGCAUGGCCUUCGGCCACCACCCCCUGCCUGUCCUGGCCGGCGUCCGCCCCGGACUCGCUCAAGGACUUCGUCCAGUUCGUCUGCGCCGACGGCGCCGCCCAGGGCCCCCAGCCGUGCGGGGUGCAGGGCCGGGCCGGGGGGGCUGCGGGGGCCCCCCUGGCCCGGCCCUUGCCCCUGCCCCCGCCGGAGCCCAAAGCCCCCAGCGGCCCCCAGGGCGGAGCGCCCGCGGCACCCCCAUUCGCAGCGUCAGGCGCCGCCGCUGCCCCCCGCCUUGUCGGCCUCGGACCCCGCGACGGCAACUUUCUGACCCUCCCCCAGCAGCAGUCCUGGUUCCUCUGACGCCGCCCCUGGACAAGGAGAAACCACCCGGAAAAAGGAGGAAAACAAAACAAAACAAAAAAAGACAAAAAAAAAAAAAAAAAAAAAAAGGAAGCCGCAGCCCCCCCCCCCCCCGGCCCCCCCCCCCACCGCUGCCGUCCAUCCCCGGGGGGGCCCCAGCCCCCCCCCGACGUGGAUGAGGGUUCGGCCUCUCUGAUGUGUGACACCUGCCCCCCCCCCCCCCCCGGGAUUCCCCCCCUCCCCCAAAUCUCCCUUCCCCCCCCCCCCCCACUCCCCCCAGCACAGACAGGGUCACCCUGGGCCCCCCGGGGGUGUUUGGGCCUCCCUGCCCCAGCUGCAAUUUGGGGGGGGAAGGGGGGAAGACACGAGGCUCCUGGGGGGGCACACGCGUGUGCACUCGCACCACACCUGCGCACACUCGCGUGUGCCCGCAGCACGUUUGCACGCACCCACGCACGCGUGUGCGCGCCUGGCACUGUGUGGUCACACCACACGUGUGCAUCCGCACCCCUGCCGCCACCACCCCACCCCCACCCACCCACCCCGUGCGUGCACGGUCACAUGUGUGCGCCCCCCGCCCCUGCACACGCGUGUGCCCUGGUCACCAGCACUUGCACACGCACUGCACACGCGUGUGCUGGGGGGCCCCCUUGCUGCAGGCCAGCGAGUGGGGCCGGGGGGGCUGAAACACCCUGAAUCGCCCGAAUGCCCCUCUCCCCCGGCUUUGGGGUCCCCCUGACCCUCCCCCCCCAGCUCAUUUUUUUUAAUUAAGUGCAAUUACCCCCGGGCAAGGCCCCCCCCCCCCCCCCCCUUGGGGUCAAACUCCCGUGUUUCGGGGUCUAACCCCGCUUGGGGUCAAACCCCCCCCACGGGUUUGGGGUCAAACCCCCCCGUUUUGGGUCAGACCCCCCCAUCUGGGGCCCAUCCCCCUUUUGGGGUUACCCCCCCCCCCCCCUUUUUUUUUUUUUUGGUCCAAUUUCCCCAUUUGGGGCCAAACCACCCCAGUGUGGGUCCCUCUUCCCCUCUGGGGUUAAACCCCCACGUUUAGGGUCAGCCCUGCCCCCAUUUGAUGCCCCCCCGGGUCACACACCCCCCCCGGGGUCAAACCUCCCAUUUUGGGGUCAAACCCCCCCUUGGGUCUCCCCCAGCUCUCCAAGUGCUUUUUUGGGGGAACCCACCCACUUUUCCCUAAUUUUUCCCAUUGGGGUUUCACACCCCGCCCCCCCAGCAAUUUUGUGUUUUUUUUAUUAUCAUUUUUGGGUAGUUUUGCUCUGGCCCCACAUUCUGGGGGGCACUGGGGGCCCCAAUUCCCAACAUAGGCCCUAUGAUGGGGGGGGGGGGGAAUCUGGGGGCAUUUUGCUCAUUUUGGGGUUUUUCUGCACCUUUGGCUGAUUUUGGUGUCGGGGGGACGGGAUGGGGCCCCCCUCCACCCCGGGCAGUUUGGGGGGUACAGCCCACCCCUGGCCCCCGGGUUUUGGGGUCAGAUGGACCAAAAUUGCAUUUGCCUUAGACCCCCCCGUGUGCCUUCCCCCCCCCAAUGGGCCCCCCAAAAUGGGGACAAUCAUUAGGGCCCCCAUUUUGGGGACCCCACUCUGGGGCGACCCCCCUCUUUGUGGCCCCCUCCCCUGGGUUUUUUGGACCCCCCCCGGGACCCCCACCAGCAGUGCCCUUCCCCCCCGGGAAGCAGGCCCCUCCCCAACUUUGGGGAUCCCCCCAUUUUGGGGCCCCCACUGGGGCCCCCCACCAGCAAUGGGGCCCCCAACAUUUGGGGACCCCCCCCACCAGCAAUGGGCCCCUCCCCGGGCAGUGGGAACCCCCCCCGGUACUGGGUACCCAGAUUUCGGGACCCCGUCCCCCCCUCCUCCAAGCCCUGGAUGGGGGGGUGCCAUCUUGGGAGGCGUCGCUCUCGGGGCCCCCCCCCACCAGCGUUGCACAUUUGGGGACCCCCAGCUCGCCCCUCACCCCCGCACGUGGUAGUGACGUCAUUUCCCGUUGGGGUGGGUCGGCCCCUCCCCCAGACCGAGGAGAAAAGGAAAAAACCCCCCAAAAGGCGCUGCCCGCGAGCGGGAAGGAGGAAAAAUCCGCGGAAAAAAAGGGGCAAAAAGACAAAAAAAAUGAAAUAAAGUGUCGUACCCGCCCCGCCCCGGUUCUGCCCGCGGGGGGG